CGGUUUGGCCAGGGGGAGGGGCUUUCGGAGGCCCCGGCCCGGCCCCGCCCCCGCCGCCAUGCGGCCCGCCCAGACUGCGCUCUGGCUGCGCCUAGUCGUAGCCCUGGGCCUGGCCCUCGUUGGCCCCCUGCGUGUAGGGUGGUCCUCGGCCCGGGCCCCCAUCUAUGUCAGCAGCUGGGCCGUGCGGGUGUCCCAGGGUUGCCGGGAGGCCGAGCGCCUGGCGCGCAAAUUCGGCUUCGUCAACCUGGGGCAGAUCUUUCCUGACGGGCAGUACUACCACCUGCGGCACCGGGGCGUGGUCCAGCAGUCCCUGACCCCACACUGGGGCCAUCGCCUGCGCCUAAAGAAAGACCCCAAGGUGCAGUGGUUUGAGCAGCAGACGCUCCGGCGGCGGGUGAAGCGCUCGGUGGUGGUACCCACAGACCCCUGGUUUUCCAAACAGUGGUACAUGAACAACAAGGUGCAGCCGGACCUGAACAUCCUGCAGGUCUGGAGCCAGGGGCUGUCGGGCCAGGGCAUUGUGGUCUCUGUCCUGGACGAUGGCAUCGAGAAGGACCACCCAGACCUCUGGGCCAACUACGACCCCCUGGCCAGCUACGACUUCAAUGACUAUGACCCAGAUCCCCAGCCGCGAUACACACCCAGUGAUGACAACCGGCACGGGACCCGCUGUGCUGGGGAAGUGGCAGCAAUGGCAAACAACGGGUUCUGCGGCACAGGCGUGGCCUACAAUGCGCGCAUUGGAGGCGUGCGCAUGCUGGACGGCACCAUCACGGACGUCAUCGAGGCCCAGUCGCUGAGCCUGCAGCCGCAGCACAUCCACAUCUACAGCGCCAGCUGGGGCCCCGAGGACGACGGCCGCACGGUGGACGGCCCCGGCAUCCUCACCCGGGAGGCCUUCAGGCGCGGCGUGACCAAGGGCCGCGGUGGGCUGGGCACGCUCUUCGUCUGGGCGUCGGGCAACGGCGGCCUGCACUAUGACAACUGCAACUGUGACGGCUACACCAACAGCAUCCACACGCUCUCGGUGGGCAGCACCACCCGGCAGGGCCGCGUGCCCUGGUACAGCGAGGCCUGCGCCUCCACGCUCACCACCACCUACAGCAGCGGCGUGGCCGCGGACCCGCAGAUCGUCACCACAGACCUGCACCACCAGUGCACGGACAAACACACGGGCACCUCGGCCUCGGCCCCGCUGGCUGCGGGCAUGAUCGCCCUGGCUCUGGAGGCCAACCCGUUCUUGACGUGGAGGGACAUGCAGCACCUGGUGGUCCGGGCAUCCAGGCCAGCACAGCUCCAGGCUGAGGACUGGAGGACCAACGGUGUGGGACGCCAAGUGAGCCACCACUAUGGCUACGGGCUGCUGGAUGCCAGGCUGCUGGUGGACAUGGCUCGAACGUGGCUGCCCACACAGCCCCAGCAGAAAUGCGCCAUCCGGAUCAUACACACCCCCACCCCCAUCCUGCCGCUGAUGCAAGUGAGGAAGAAUGUGUCGGCCUGCGCUGGCCGUGCCAACUACAUCCGCUCACUGGAGCACGUGCAGGUGCAACUGUCACUGUCCUACAGCCGCCGGGGGGACCUGGAGAUCUCGCUCACCAGCCCCAUGGGCACCCGCUCCACGCUCGUGGCCAUCAGACCCUUGGAUGUCAGCGGCCAAGGCUACAACAACUGGAUCUUCAUGUCCACCCACUUCUGGGACGAGGACCCGCAGGGCUUGUGGACUCUGGGCCUGGAAAACAAAGGCUACUAUUUCAACACAGGGACUCUGUACCGCUACACGCUGCUGCUGUAUGGGACGGCCGAGGACAUGACGGCGCGGCCCCCGGGCCCCCAGGUGACCAGCAGCGCGUGUGUGCAGCGGGACACAGAGGGGCUGUGCCAGGAAUGCCACAGCCCCGCCUACAUCCUGGGCCACCUCUGCCUCUCCUACUGUCCCCCGAGGUACUUCAGCCACACCCAGCAGGCAGUGACCGCUGGGCCAGGGCGCUUGGCCACACCCGCCCUGCGCGUCUGCUCAAGCUGCCACCCCUCCUGCUACACCUGCCGCGGCGGUUCCCCGCUCAACUGCACGACCUGCCCCCCUGCCUACAUGUUGGACGAGCAUCGGGGCUCCUGCUCGGGACCUGCCCCUCCCAACAGCACCCCCCAGCCCACCGCAGUGGCCCACCCCAGCUGCCACCAUGGCCGAGCCCAGGCUGCAGUCCUGGCCUUGCUGGCCAUGGCCUUUGGGAGCCCCUUCCUCUGCAGCGUCCUCUCUGACCCGCGAACCGGGGAGGCUGAGGUCGGGUACUUCUCGGUCCGGUCUGACGGCACUGGAACCCUCGCGGGCGCGGCCCCUUUAAAAGGGGGCGUGGCCUCGCGACGAGGGGCGCACUGGAGCGGGAGGAGGCAGGAAGUGUGCCCCGAGGGCCUGGGGGCGGGGCCGCGCUGCGACCGGAAGCGGAAGUUGGUUUUCAGCGGCGCUGGUGGCUCUAUACGCGCGCCAGGUUAA